CUAACACAUAUCUGACGUAUCUUAUGUUCGAUGGCAGGAUUUUUUAUCACAGCUGGCUGACGAGGUCGAAACAUCAUGACGGAUAAUCAUACGGAUCCAAUGUCACGUUUAUUGAAACUCGCAAAUAAAGUCAAUUGCUUUUAUCUGUCAGGGUUCCAUGCAGGUGAAUGCAGAGCCUUUGUCGUUGAUGGACAGCAAGUAGGACUUGUAAGGCCAGAUGUAAUGAAAGAGUUAUUAAAUCAUCCACAAGUAUUUCAAGUACAUCCGGAAUAUGUACAAUUAAAUCCUGCAUUUCGAGAUUAUGCAGAAAGAAGUGCUCGUGUGGAAGAAGUAUUACGAAAGUGGAAGGCAGAUGAAAAGUUUAUUACAUUACAUGGUUGGAGAGAAGAAUAUUAUGAAGUUCGUGCUCAGUUUAAUACACAACCUUUAUUUAAAAUGGAUCGAUCUGCAACAUGUCUAUUUGGAAUUCGUAAAUAUGGUGUUGAUAUAAAUGGAUAUGUUAUGGAUCCUAUAAAAGGAUUAUCAAUAUGGUUACAAAAGCGUAGUCCUAAUAAGCAAACAUGGCCAGGAUAUUGGGAUAAUAUGGUCAGUGGUGGAUUAAGUGUUGGUUUUGGUAUUAAUGAAACUGCUAUAAAAGAAGCCGGAGAAGAAGCCAGUAUCCCUAAUAAUCUUAUUGAAAAAUUAAAAAGUGUUGGAUGUGUUUCAUUAUUCUUCGAAAGUGAAAGAGGAUUGUUUCCCAAUACAGAAUUUGUUUUUGAUCUUGAAUUACCACCAGAUUUUGUCCCAAGUAACAGUGAUGGAGAAGUAGAGACUUUUGAAUUGCUUCCAGUAAAUGAAUGUUUAGAAAGGAUAGCUUCUACAAAUUUUAAAACUACAUCAGUACCAGUUGUACUUGACUUUUUAAUUAGACAUGGAUACAUUACUGCAGAGAAUGAGCCUAAUUUCAUACAAAUUAUGGAACUCCUUCAUGUUCCACUGCAAACCAUGUACAAUCAUCCUUUAAAAAGAUGUAAAAUUACUGCCAAUGGAGAAGCAACUGAAGCUCUAGGAAAAGUUUAGGUUUAAUUAGAUAAUUAUUUUUCUGCAUGAUUAAAGUUGCUAAGCAACUAAAUUUUUGGUUUAAUUUGGAUUGGCUUUUUAGUUUGAAUGCAUAAUCAUGUUCUUCUUUUAAACAAUCAAAAAUAUGUAUUUACCAAUUAUAUUUAUUUCAUAUUUUAACUUUAUAUUAUUUGCCUUCAGUAUGAUAAUUUAAUUUUGUUUUCAAAAAGUUAUAUGUUAAUGUGUACUUUUUAGGUUGAACAUAGACUAAAAAUAUUUUAAAGAAUUAAUGAAAAUGUUAGAAAAUUAAAUUUAACUAGCAAUACGAUUUUUAUAAAAUAUGUUAACAAAUAAUGGUUUCCUUUAUUCUAAUUGGAAUUGCAUAUGAUAUGUAGAAUUUUGCUAUUUUAAAUGUUUUUAUUUUCAUAGAAACCAUUAAAAUUAAAAUAUAUAAAAUUUCAAUUUGUUCAAUAAUUGAUCGCCCACAAAUUAAUAUAUUUUAUCAAUUUUCUAUGCUAUUUAUCAUAAUAUCUUAAUAAUCAUUUGUAUUAAUUUUAACAUAAUCAUAAAAUUGACGUCCCUAUGUUGAAACCGAAAUGUUAUCAACACAGCAUUCCAAUGAACAAAUUUAACAUUUAAGUUUUAAAUAAUGGAAAUUUCAAUCCUUUUCCAAAUUUAAACUAUUUUCUGUUCAAAAAAUAAAUCCAUGCAUAAUGCCAUCGCAGAAAAAUCCUAAUACUCCAUCUAGAAUUAAGAUGAAAUCCAUUCACAGUAUUAUGAAAGUGAAUGUACAAUAUAGCAUUUUUAUAUGUCAGAACUUUGAAGGCAGUUCAUGUGCAAAUAUGUGUUCUAUACCCGGACUUUACUAUUAAUAAAAAAUGAAUAGAAUUAGCAUUUUCAUCUAACUUUUUUCAGAAAGGGAACAAAAAUAUUUGUAUUAUUUACCAUAGAUAGUUUAGAUAGAUUUUUAAUUGAACACCAAGUACUGCUGAAAUUCUGAUCGAAUUUAUAUUAGCAAAGAAUUAUUGACUGUAUAAAUGGAAAGCACAAUUCUAUAGUAUAUUAUUUUCUUGUAUUAAUUAAAAAUAAAGGUAUUCGUUUACAAAAACGCGAAAAUAAUUUUCAAGCAAAGUUAAUGCGCUGGAAUGUAUUAGAUAAUACAUUUGUAUAUCUUCUUAGCACACAGUUUCUUUUCAAUCAUUUACUCUGUUAUAAUUUUUAAUAAUAUUUAAAAAUUUAAUACAGUCUCACAACAUUGUGAUUAAAAUUAACUGUUAUAAUAAAGCAUUUAUAUAUGUAAAAAUAUUUUUUUUUUCAUGAACUAAGCAUUCAAAAACUUUUUAAAUAGACAACUAGUCACAUUUUUUUAUUGUAUUAUCAUUUAAAUCAUUUGCUAAAUGCAAAAAAAAUAUAUAAUCUUUAUAUUAAGUAACCAUUUACAUCUUCAUAUAUCAUUGUUUUUGUGAUAGAUAUAAAUAAGGUUGGACAUAUUUUGCAGUGCAUGAAUUACCAAGAUCAACGAAGAUAUGUAAUAAAUUAAAUAUACUCUUAAUGCAUAAUAGUCGAUUCAUAAUAGUUUCUUACUAUUGCAAAUUUUCUCAAACAUGGAAUAUCAAGUAAAGAAUAACAGAUUUGUUUCAUUGCUUUUCAUUGUUUCAUGUGAGGCAGGACAAUAUUUUUACUUAUAAAUAUGUUUCAAAAUAUAUCUAUUAUAAUAGGAAUUAGGUGCUUUAUAUAAAUACUUGAAGUUUUGAUUGAUUUGCAUUAAAUAGAUAUAGAGAAUAUAAUGUCUAUAGUAACAAAAUAAUGUUCGCUUGUAAUCUUUAAGUAUUAUGUGAUAUUUGAGAUGAUUAAACAGUGAAUCCAUAUUAUUCCAUUUACUUUUUAAAAUAUUAUUAU